AUGGGGUCUCUUUCGCGGGCGUGGGCGGUGGUGCUGGCGGCGGCUUGCUUCUUCCUGGUGGCCGCCGAGGCGGUGGGGGAGGCCCCCGGCCCCGGCGCCGGCGCCGGGGCCGGAGUGCUGCCGCCGCCCUCCAACCACUGGACUCGUGGGUGCAACAAAAUCACAAGGUGCCGAGGACCUCCGCAGCAGGCGCUGGCGCCGGAGGAGACUGUGAUCGCCGCCCCCGGUGAAGCGGCGGCGGCGGUGGACGAGACGGUGAUCAUACGCCCGCCGCCCAUUGCACCUACCGGCGCCGAUGAAGUGGCGCCUCCGCCGGCCCACUUCGUGAGCAGGAAGUGCGAUCCUAAAGGCAACUGCAGGGGCCACCCGCCGGCCUUGUCACCCGGCGGUGGCGAGUGGUGA